GCACUAGCUGAGGCACCUUCCUCCACAGCUGUUGUCGAAUAAUCAUCUCCUUCUUACGUAUUCUAUUUUAUUGAAAUUCACAAUCUUCUUUAAAACAAAACAAGAAAAAAAUAAAAUCAAUUUCUGAGUUUUUCUGUCAAAAUCUUGAAUCAGACCCACUUCAAAUCUUGAUUCUGGUGGUCAAAUCUCUGCAUUUUUAGCCACUUUAGUAUUGAAUUUCAAGAACCCAUGUUUUUUUCUGCCUAAAAUUUGGUGGAAUUGUGAAAAGAUUUGAUUUUUAAUCAUUCAAAUCACAAAAGAUUUGAUUUUUUAAGCUACCCAGUUGAGUGUUUUUUGAAGGGGUUGUAGUUUGAGGCCUUUGAGAGGAAGACAAGCUAUCUUUUUGGCUUUUGCUUUAAUCUUUGAUCUCUGUUUUUGAGCUCAAGGCACUUAUUUGGAAUGUGUGUGUAUAGUUUUGUAUGAAUUUGAGGAGAGUUGAAUAUAGUCAUAUACAGUAGAUAAUCUAAUAAGUGGGCUAUAUGGUUAGUGGAACUAUGUUUCAUAAAAGGAAGAAUUCAUGGCCUCCUGAAGAGUAUAUUCACAAGGCAACAUUGCAAUUGCUUGAUUUUGAUAGUGCUGCCCCACCAGUACAAGCAUGGAGAAAGAAAUUAAACAGCCAUGCCGGUCUUCUUAAGGAAUUCAGUGUGACAUUCAAGGAAGCAAUAAAGAUGGUUCGACUUGGUUUGCGCCUGUGGUCAUAUGUAAGGGAAGAGGCUUCCCAUGGAAGGAAAGCACCUAUUGAUCCAUUCACUCGUAUAAGUUGCAAGCCAUCAGCAUCACAGGGGGUUCCCCUUGGAGGGAUGGGAAGCGGUAGCAUAACUAGAGGUUUUCGAGGCGAGUUCAGAAAUUUUCAAAUUGUUCCUGGUACUUGUGAUGCUUCUCCCAUAAUGGCCAACCAGUUCUCUGUUUUUAUAUCUCGUGAGGGUGGAGCCAAACAAUAUGCAUCUGUUUUAUCCCCAGGCCAACAUGAUGGGUUAGGGAAACCUUCUGAUCAAGGCAUUUCAUCAUGGGGGUGGAAUCUAAGUGGUCAACAUUCAACAUAUCAUGCACUAUUUCCAAGGGCAUGGACAGUAUAUGAUGGUGAGCCUGAUCCUGAGCUGAAAAUCUGUUGUCGCCAAAUAUCACCAUUUAUACCACAUAAUUAUCAAGAUAGCAGUCUUCCGACGACGGUGUUCGUUUACACUUUGGUGAAUACUGGGAAGGAAAGGGCAAAUGUCAGCCUUCUCUUUACCUGGGCGAAUUCUAUAGGAGGAGUUUCACACCUUUCUGGAGAUCAUGUAAACGAGCCUUUCAUUGGUGAAGAUGGAGUCUCUGGUGUUUUGCUUCAUCACAAGACUGCAAAAGGACACCAUCCUGUUACUUAUGCCAUUGCUGCUUGUGAAACACAGAAUGUUACAGUUACUGUCUUGCCAUCAUUUGGCCUGUCUGAAGGAACCUGUCCUACAGCAAAGGACAUGUGGGAUAAAAUGGUACAGAACGGACAAUUUGAGAGAGAUAACUUCAAUGCUGGACCAAGUAUGCCUUCAUCACCUGGAGAGACGAAUUGUGCUGCAAUUUCUGCUUCAGCAACAAUUGAGCCUCAUGGAAAAUGCACCAUUGCGUUUGCACUUGCAUGGUCAUCACCGAAAGUUAAAUUUUCCAAGGGGAAAUCUUACCGGAGGAGGUACACAAAAUACUAUGGUAAUUCUGAAAGGGCUGCUUCAGACUUGGUGCAUGACGCUCUUAGAAAUUAUAAGCGGUGGGAAGAAGAAAUUGAGAAUUGGCAGAGUCCUGUCCUUGAAGACGAGACUUUACCAGAAUGGUACAAAUUUACUUUAUUUAAUGAGCUCUACUUUCUGGUUUCUGGUGGAACAGUUUGGAUUGAUUCACUAGCCCCUGCUGCAAACACUGUCCCACCUCCAGCAAAAAUUGCAGAUUCUACAGAUAGUACUGUAACCGAAGUAAAUGUGAAGAGUCACCAAGAUGGAGGUCUAGAAAAAACAAAACUAUGUAGCUGUGAUAGAACUGGUUCAGCAUCUGAUGGAGAGGGCGCUCAUUUGGGAUGUUCUGAUGAAGAUGAUUCAGCAAACUCUCAAGAAGGUGACAGAGACCACUUUGAAUACCCCUCCAGGUUUUCAGAUCCAGUGAAUGAUGAUGACGUGGGUAGGUUUUUAUACCUGGAAGGGGUUGAGUACGUAAUGUGGUGUACAUACGACGUUCAUUUUUAUGCAUCUUUUGCCCUUCUUGAGCUGUUCCCCAAAAUAGAACUCAGUAUUCAGCGUGAAUUUGCAAAAGCUGUGUUAUGCGAAGAUGGAAGAAAAGUUAAGUUUCUGGCUGAGGGAAAUUGGGGUAUUAGAAAGGUCAGGGGAGCAGUUCCUCAUGAUCUCGGAACUCAUGACCCUUGGCUUGAAAUGAAUGCUUACAAUAUACAUGAUACAAGCAAGUGGAAGGAUCUUAAUCCGAAAUUUGUCCUUCAGGUGUAUAGAGAUUUUGCUGCAACAGGAGAUUUGACAUUUGGAGCUGAUGUAUGGCCAGCUGUUUGCGCUGCAAUGGAGUACAUGGAACAAUUUGACAGGGAUGGAGAUUGUCUUAUUGAGAAUGAUGGAUUCCCCGAUCAAACUUAUGAUACAUGGACAGUUCAUGGUGUUAGUGCUUAUUGUGGUUGUUUAUGGGUCGCUGCACUUCAAGCUACAGUGGCAAUGGCUUUGCAAUUAGGUGACAGGUCUGUUGCAGAAAGAUACAAAAGCAAAUUUAUGAAAGCCAAAUCGAUACUUGAAGCAAAACUCUGGAAUGGGAUGUAUUUUAAUUAUGACAGUGGAUCAAGCAGCAACAGUAAAUCGAUCCAAGCGGAUCAACUAGCUGGACAAUGGUACACGGCAUCCUCGGGAUUGCCAAAUCUCUUUGAUGAUUCGAAGAUCCGCAGUUCCCUCCAGAAGAUCUAUGAUUUCAAUGUUAUGAAAGUGAGAGGAGGAAAGAUGGGUGCUGUAAAUGGAAUGCAUCCUGAUGGAAAAGUGGAUGACACCUGCAUGCAAUCCCGUGAAGUAUGGGCAGGGGUUACCUAUGGGCUUGCAGCUACCAUGAUUCAUGCUGGUAUGAAGGAACAGGCUUUCACAACCGCAGAAGGUAUAUUCCUUGCAGGGUGGUCUGAUGACGGAUUUGGAUAUGCUUUUCAAACUCCAGAGGCAUGGACAAUGGAUGGUCAUUUUCGUUCUCUGGUCUACAUGAGGCCGCUUGCCAUAUGGGGUAUGCAGCGUGCUUUAUGUUCAUCUAAAGUAAAUAUCAAUGCCCCGCAGAUGGGCACAAUUGACAGAAUCAACAUAUCUCCUCAUAAUGCAAGAUCAGAUGACACCAAAACCAAUGUUACAAAGCAUUGAUAUUUCUCUUGGAUGGACACACAAAUGCUUGAGACAUGGUUAAUGAAAAAAUGGAGCUCCAGAUUGCAAUUCCACUUGAAAGACAAACCAAAGUGGAGUCUUAUAGGCAAGCUUCCAUCUGGGCGCCGGUAAUUAAACAUAUCCUCGCCGUGUGGCAAUUCCCUGUGCUCCCUUGUCUGGAAAUUGCGUCACUUGUAGCAAUGUCUAAGGCGACAGUUGUUGAACUUCGUAAAAAAGUGUCGCGACAAAGUUGUUCCUGCUGUUAGGACGUGCUACAAAAGAUCUAGUGGUAGUGUUAAAAGAGGUCUAGGGUUUUCCUGCUCCUGCUGUUGGGACGUGCUACAAGAAGUUUAGAGUUGAUUGCGGUAGCUUUGAAAGAGAUCUAGAGUUUAGUAUUGUUACAUUCCAUUCCUUAUUUGCUCAAAAAUUUGUAAAAAUCAGAUCACUCACGGGGAACUCGUCCGCCACCUUCAUUGCAUUUGCAUCUCUGUUUUUUGUUGUCAA